UGUGUCAGGUUCCGACUGCGCCCGAGGAGGCUGCGGGGCGCCGACUCUGAGGUGGCCUCCCCUCGCCUCGCCUCCCCUCCCGCUUUGUGGACGGCUUUCUGCCUGACUAGGGACGGAGCAGUCGAGCCUCGGGGUAGCUCAACCUGGUGGGACAUGAGGAGAGUGACGUGGACACUUGUUUACUCUUUGUUCCAGCAGCGGUAUCUGAGGGUGACAGUAGAGACAGAAGAGCAAGGUGUCAGGGUGAUCCAGGGUGUCCUAGUGUGAGUGACACGAGUCGGAAAAGCUGAGUAAGAUGAGUUCCCUCUUGGAACGGCUCCAUGCAAAAUUUAACCAAAAUAGACCUUGGAGUGAAACCAUCAAGCUUGUGCGUCAAGUCAUGGAGAAGAGGGUUGUAAUGAGUUCUGGAGGGCAUCAGCAUUUGGUCAGCUGCUUGGAGACAUUGCAGAAGGCUCUCAAAGUAACAUCCUUGCCAGCAAUGACUGAUCGCUUGGAAUCAAUAGCCAGACAGAAUGGACUGGGCUCUCAUCUCAGUGCCAGUGGCACUGAAUGUUACAUCACUUCAGAUAUGUUCUAUGUGGAGGUGCAGUUAGAUCCCACAGGACAGCUGUGUGAUGUGAAAGUGGCUCACCAUGGAGAGAACCCUGUGAGCUGUCCAGAGCUUGUACAGCAGUUAAGGGAAAAGAAUUUUGAUGAGUUUUCUAAGCACCUUAAGGGUCUUGUUAAUCUGUAUAACCUUCCAGGAGACAACAAACUGAAGACUAAAAUGUAUUUAGCUCUGCAAUCCUUAGAACAAGACCUUUCUAAAAUGGCAAUUAUGUACUGGAAGGCAACUAAUGCUACUCCGCUGGAUAAGAUCCUUCAUGGAAGUGUUGGCUAUCUCACUCCACGGAGUGGGGGUCAUUUAAUGAACAUAAAAUACUAUGCAUCUCCUUCUGACCUGCUGGAUGAUAAGACUGCAUCUCCUAUCAUUUUGCAUGAAAAGAAUGUUCCUCGAUCUUUGGGCAUGAAUGCAUCAGUGACAAUUGAAGGAACCUCUGCUAUGUACAAACUCCCAAUUGCCCCAUUAAUUAUGGGGUCACAUCCAGUUGACAACAAAUGGACUCCUUCUUUCUCCUCAAUCACUAGUGCCAACAGUGUUGAUCUUCCUGCCUGUUUCUUCUUGAAAUUUCCCCAGCCAAUCCCAGUAUCUAAAGCGUUUGUUCAGAAACUGCAGAACUGCACAGGGAUCCCAUUAUUUGAGACUCCACCGACUUACGUGCCCCUUUAUGAACUCAUCACUCAAUUUGAGUUGUCAAAGGAUCCAGACCCCCUACCAUUGAAUCACAACAUGCGGUUUUAUGCUGCUCUUCCAGGUCAGCAGCACUGCUAUUUUCUCAAUAAGGAUGCUCCUCUUCCAGAUGGCCAAAGCCUGCAGGGAACACUGGUUAGCAAAAUCACCUUUCAGCACCCUGGCAGAGUUCCUCUUAUCUUGAAUAUGAUCAGACACCAAGUGGCCUAUAACACCCUGAUUGGAAGCUGUGUCAAAAGAACUGUUUUAAAAGAAGACACUCCUGGGCUCCUCCAGUUUGAAGUGUGUCCCCUCUCAGAGUCUCGCUUCAGUGUGUCUUUUCAGCACCCUGUGAAUGACUCCCUUGUGUGUGUGGUAAUGGAUGUGCAGGACUCAACACGUGUGAGCUGUAAACUCUACAAGGGGCUGUCAGAUGCACUCAUCUGUACAGAUGACUUCAUUGCCAAAGUUGUUCAAAGAUGUAUGUCCAUCCCUGUGACGAUGAGGGCUAUUCGGAGGAAGGCUGAAACCAUACAGGCUGACACCCCAGCACUGUCCCUCAUUGCAGAGACAGUUGAAGACAUGGUGAAAAAGAACCUGCCCCCGGCUAGCAGCCCAGGGUAUGGCAUGGCCACAGGCAACAACCCAAUGAGUGGUACCACCACACCAACCAACACCUUUCCGGGGGGUCCCAUUACCACCUUGUUUAACAUGAGCAUGAGCAUCAGAGAUCGGCAUGAGUCGGUGGGCCAUGGGGAGGACUUCAGCAAGGUGUCUCAGAACCCAAUUCUUACCAGUUUGUUGCAAAUCACAGGGAACGGGGGGUCUACCAUUGGCUCGAGUCCGACCCCUCCUCAUCACACGCCGCCACCUGUCUCUUCGAUGGCCGGCAACACCAAGAACCACCCGAUGCUCAUGAACCUUCUUAAAGAUAACCCUGCCCAGGAUUUCUCAACCCUUUAUGGAAGCAGCCCUUUAGAAAGGCAGAACUCCUCUUCCGGAUCACCCCGGAUGGAAAUGUGCUCGGGGAGCAACAAGACCAAGAAGAAGAAGUCAUCAAGAGUACCACCUGACAAAUCCAAGCACCAGACCGAAGACGAUUUUCAGAGAGAGCUUUUUUCAAUGGAUGUCGACUCACAGAACCCUAUGUUUGAUGUCAGCAUGACAGCUGACGCGCUGGAUACACCUCAUAUCACUCCAGCUCCAAGCCAGUGUAGUACUCCCCCAACAACUUACCCACAACCAGUAUCUCACCCCCAACCCAGUAUUCAAAGGAUGGUCCGACUAUCCAGUUCAGACAGCAUUGGCCCAGAUGUAACUGAUAUCCUUUCAGACAUUGCAGAAGAAGCCUCAAAGCUUCCCAGCACUAGUGAUGAUUGCCCACCCAUUGGCACCCCUGUUCGAGAUUCUUCAAGUUCUGGUCAUUCUCAAAGUGCCCUCUUUGAUUCUGAUGUCUUUCAAACUAAUAAUAAUGAAAACCCAUACACUGAUCCAGCUGAUCUUAUUGCAGAUGCUGCUGGAAGCCCUAGUAGUGAUUCUCCUACCAAUCAUUUUUUCCCUGAUGGAGUAGAUUUCAAUCCUGAUUUGUUAAACAGCCAAAGCCAAAGUGGUUUUGGAGAAGAAUAUUUUGAUGAAAGUAGUCAAAGUGGGGAUAAUGAUGAUUUCAAAGGAUUUGCAUCUCAGGCACUAAACACUUUAGGGAUGCCAAUGCUUGGAGGUGAUAAUGGGGAGACAAAAUUUAAGAGUAGUGGCCAAGCUGACACAGUUGACUUCAGUAUUAUAUCAGUAGCUGGUAAGGCUUUGGGUCCUGCAGAUAUUAUGGAGCACCACAGUGGUAGUCAGAGUCCUUUAAUGACCACUGGAGAAUUAGGGAAGGAAAAGACUCAAAAGAGGGUAAAGGAAGGCAAUGGCACUGGUGCUAGCAGUGUAUCAGGUCCUGGGUUAGACAGCAAACCAGGCAAGCGCAGUCGAACUCCUUCCAAUGAUGGAAAGAGCAAAGAUAAGCCUCCAAAGCGGAAGAAGGCAGAUACUGAGGGAAAGUCUCCAUCUCACAGUUCUUCUAAUAGACCUUUCACGCCACCUACCAGUACAGGUGGGUCCAAAUCUCCAGGCAGUUCAGGAAGGUCUCAGACUCCCCCAGGUGUUGCCACCCCGCCCAUUCCCAAAAUCACUAUUCAGAUUCCUAAGGGAACAGUGAUGGUGGGUAAGCCUUCCUCUCACAGUCAGUAUACCAGCAGUGGUUCUGUGUCUUCCUCUGGCAGCAAAAGCCACCAUAGUCAUUCUUCUUCCUCCUCUUCCUCGUCUUCUGCUUCCACCUCAGGCAAGAUGAAAAGCAGUAAAUCAGAAGGCUCAUCAAGUUCCAAGCUAAGUGGCAGUAUGUAUUCUAGCCAAGGGUCUUCUGGAUCCAGCCAGUCCAAAAAUUCAUCUCAGACUGGAGGGAAGCCAGGCUCCUCUCCCAUUACCAAACAUGGACUGAGCAGUGGAUCUAGCAGUACCAAGAUGAAACCUCAAGGCAAGCCAUCAUCACUUAUGAAUCCUUCUAUAAGUAAACCAAACAUAUCCCCUUCUCAUUCAAGGCCUCCUGGAGGCUCAGAUAAGCUUGCCUCUCCAAUGAAACCUGUUCCUGGGACCCCCCCAUCCUCUAAAGCCAAGUCCCCUAUCAGUUCAGGUUCUAGUGGUUCCCACAUGUCAGGAACUAGUUCAAGCUCUGGCAUGAAGUCAUCUUCAGGGUCAGGAUCCUCAGGCUCAUUGUCUCAGAAAACUCCCCCAGCAUCUAAUUCUUGUACACCAUCUUCCUCCUCAUUUUCCUCAAGUGGUUCUUCCAUGUCCUCCUCUCAGAAUCAGCAUGGGAGUUCCAAAGGGAAGUCUCCCAGUAGGAAUAAGAAGCCUUCCUUGACAGCUGUCAUAGAUAAACUGAAGCAUGGGGUUGUUACCAGUGGGCCUGGGGGUGAGGAUCCAAUGGACAGUCAGAUGGGAGUAAGCACAAACUCUUCUAACCAUCCCAUGUCCUCCAAACAUAACAUGUCAGGAGGGGAAUUCCAGAGCAAGCGUGAGAAAAGCGAUAAAGACAAAUCAAAGGUUUCUACUUCAGGAGGCUCAGUGGAUUCUUCUAAGAAGACCUCAGAGUCAAAAAAUGUGGGGAGCACGGGUGUGGCAAAAAUUAUUAUCAGCAAACAUGAUGGAGGCUCCCCUAGCAUUAAAGCCAAAGUGACUCUACAGAAACCUGGAGAAAGUAGUGGAGAAGGGCUCAGGCCACAGAUAGCCUCCUCAAAAAACUAUGGUUCUCCAUUGAUCAGUGGUUCCACUCCAAAGCAUGAACGUGGUUCUCCCAGCCACAGUAAGUCUCCAGCAUACACGCCCCAGAAUGUGGACAGUGAAAGUGAGUCAGGUUCCUCCAUAGCAGAAAAAUCUUACCAGAACAGUCCCAGCUCAGAUGACGGUAUCCGACCUCUUCCAGAAUACAGCACAGAGAAGCAUAAGAAGCACAAAAAGGAAAAGAAGAAAGUCAAAGACAGAGACCGGGACAGAGACAAAGACAGAGAC